UUUCUCCGAGGCCAGCCAGAGCAGGUUUGUUGGCAGCACUACCCCUCCAGCAGUCACGCGACCAGCCAAUCUCCCGGCGGCGCUCGGGGAGGCGGCGCGCUCGGGAACGCGGGGAGGCGGCGGAACCGAGCCGGGGCCACCUUAAGGCCGCGCUCGCCAGCCUCGGCGGGGCGGCUCCCGGCGCCGCAACCAAUGGAUCUCCUCCUCUGUUUAAAUAGACUCGCCGUGUCAAUCAUUUUCUUCCUCGUCAGCCUCCCUUCCACCGCCAUAUUGGGCCACUAAAAAAAGGGGGCUCGUCUUUUCGGGGUGUUUUUCUCCCCCUCCCCUGUCCCCGCUUGCUCACGGUUCCGCGACUCCGACGCCGGCAAGGUUUGGAGAGCGGCUGGGUUUGCGGGACCUGCGGGCUUGUACCCGCCCGGACUCGGACGGGCUUUGCCACCCUCUCCGCUUGCCUGGACCCCUCCCCUCCCCGCCCUCCCGCUCGCCGGUCCAUUUGAUCAGCGGAGAUUCUCGGCGGCCGUGCCGGGGCUUCCCCGCAGCCCCUGCGCGCUCCUAGAGUUCGGGCCGUGGCUUGUCCGGAUCUGUGUCUUUUGGCUCCGAGGCCAGUCGCUGGGCUUCCGAGAGGGGUUCGGGCUGCGUAGGGGCGUUUUGUUUUGUUCGGUUUUGUUUUGUUUUGUUUUUUUGAGAGUGCGAGAGAGGCGGUCGUGCAGACCCGGGAGAAAGAUGUCAAACGUGCGAGUGUCUAACGGGAGCCCUAGCCUAGAGCGGAUGGACGCCAGGCAGGCGGAGCACCCCAAGCCCUCGGCCUGCAGGAACCUCUUCGGCCCGGUGGACCACGAAGAGUUAACCCGGGACUUGGAGAAGCACUGCAGAGACAUGGAAGAGGCGAGCCAGCGCAAGUGGAAUUUCGAUUUUCAGAAUCACAGACCCCUAGAGGGCAAGUACGAGUGGCAAGAGGUGGAGAAGGGCAGCUUGCCUGAGUUCUACUAUAGACCCCCGCGGGCCCCCAAAGGCGCCUGCAAGGUGCCGGCGCAGGAGAGCCAGGAUGUCAGCGGGAGCCGCCCGGCGGCGCCUUUAAUUGGGGCUCCGGCUAACCCUGAGGACACGCAUUUGGUAGACCCAAAGACUGAUCCGUCGGACAGCCAGACGGGGUUAGCGGAGCAGUGCGCAGGAAUAAGGAAGCGACCUGCAACCGACGGUAAUGACCCCUUCCCAACCACGAUUCUUCCACUCAAAACAAAAGAGCCAACAGAACAGAAGAAAAUGUUUCAGACGGUUCCCCAAAUGCCGGUUCUGUGGAGCAGACGCCCAAGAAGCCUGGCCUCAGAAGACGUCAAACGUAAACAGCUAGAAUUAAGAAUAUGUUUCCUUGUUUAUCAGAUACAUCUUGAUCUUGAUGAAGCAAGGAAGAUAUACAUGAAAAUUUUAAAAAUACAUAUCGUUGACUUCAUGGAAUGGACAUCCUGUAUAAGCACUGAAAAGCAACAAUAACACUAAAAUUUUAGGCACUCUUAAAUGAUCUGCCUCUAAAAGCGUUGGAUGUAGCAUUAUGCAAUUAGGUUUUUCCUUAUUUGCUUCAUUGUACUACCUGUGUAUAUAGUUUUACCUUUUAUGUAGCACAUAAACUUUGGGGAAGGGAGGGCAGGGUGGGGCUGAGUAACUGACAUGGAGGGGGAUAUGAAGAGCUUGCUUUGAUUUGCAGCAAGUAGAUAAAUAUUUGACUUUCAUGAAGAGAAGCAAUUUUGGGAAAGGUUUUGAAUUGUUUUCUUUAAAGAUGUAAUGUCCCUUUCAGUGACGGCUGAUACUUCAUUUAAAAAAUCACAAAAAUUUGAACACUGGCUAAAGAUAAUUGCUAUUGUUUAUUCUCAUUUGGGAGAUCUGGUGAUCUCCCAAGUUUGUUAAAUAGCUGCAUAUGGCUUUUUUAAAAAAGCAACAAAAACCUAUCCUCAGUGCCCUCCCCAAUCUCUCUUAAAGUUGGAAUUUACCAGUUAAUCAGCAGAAUGGUAAUCACUCCAGGUAGUUUGGGGCAAAAAUCCGAAGUGCUUGGGAGUUUUCAAUGUUAAGAAUUGACCAUCUGCUUUUAUUAAAUUUGUUGACAAAAUUUCUUCAUUUUCUUUUCACUUUGGGCUGUGUAAACACAGUCCAAAUAAUUCUAAAUCCAUCGAUAUUUUUAAAGAUCUGUAAGUAACUUCACAUUAAAAAAUGAAAUAUUUUUAAUUUAAAGCUUCUUUGUCCAUUUAUCCAAAGGAAGGUGUUAUUUUUAAAGGAAGGUUCAUGUAGAGAAAAGCACACUUGUAGGAUAAGUGAAAUGGAUACUACAUCUUUAAACAGUAUUUCAUUGCCUGUGUAUGGAAAACCUUUUGAAGUGUACCUGUGUACAUAACUCUGUAAAAACACUGAAAAAUUAUACUAACUUAUUUAUGUUAAAAGAUUUUUUUUAAUCUAGACAAUAUACAAGCCAAAGUGGCAUGUUUUGUGCAUUUGUAAAUGCUGUAUUGGGUAGAAUAGGUUUUUCCCCUCUUUUGUUAAAUAAUAUGGCUAUGCUUAAAAGAUUGCAUACUGAGCCAAGUAUAAUUUUUUGUAAUGUGUGAAAAAGAUGCCAAUUAUUGUUAUACAUUAAGCAGUCAAUAAAGAAAACUUCCAUAGCUA